UUUUCUGCUUAUUCCAUUCUUUCAUACUUCCGCGACCACCAUCUUCUGCAGCUCUUUGGUCUCCCUCAAUUGCUCACUGUAAGAUGGAAAUCAUAUGCAUAUGUAAACAAGGUUAAGGAGGAUCUGGAGAAGAGAGGCUGCCAAGUAAGAACUGGUUGUGAAGUAAAUUCUGUAUCGACAAAUGAAGAAGGUUGUACCAUAGCUUGCAAUGAUGGUGCCAAAGAAGUAUAUGAUGGAUGCGUAAUGGCUGGACAUGCUCCAGAUACUCUGAAAAUGUUAGGCAAAGAGGCAACAUAUGAUGAAACAAGAAUUCUGGGUGCUUUCCAGUAUAUCUAUAGUGAUAUUUUCCUUCACCGUGACAAAACAUACCUGCCUCGUGACCCGGCAACAUGGAGUGCUUUGAACUUUCUUGGAAUCAUGAAUACUAGAGGAUGCAUGACAUAUUGGCUAAAUAUAAUCCAGAAUCUUGGUGACUCAAAGUUGCCUUAUCUCGUAACCAUCAAUCCUCCUCACACACCAGAGAAUACGUUGCUUAAGUGGACAACAAGCCACCCAAUCCCCUCAGUUGCUGCAUCAAAAGCUUCAUGUGAGCUAGACCAAAUACAAGGAAAGAGAGGAAUAUGGUUUUGUGGAGCAUAUCAAGGCUAUGGCUUCCAUGAGGAUGGACUAAAGGCAGGUGUGGCUGCUGCAGAUGGUGUUCUUAGAAGGAAUUGUAGUAUUCUGCACAACGCCAAGCACAUGGUACCAACCUGGCCUGAAACAGGAGCACGCCUCAUCGUUACUAGAUUUCUCAAAAGUUUCAUUGAAACAGGAUGCAUAAUCUUGUUGGAAGAUGGAGGUACAAUUUUCACCUUCCAAGGAACAGACAGGAAAUGCUCUCUCAAAGUUUCUCUUAGAGUUCAUAGUACACAGUUUUACUGGAAGGUUGCAACUCAAGGUGACUUAGGCCUUGCUGAUGCUUUUAUUCAUGGGGAUUUCUCUUUUGUUGACAAGAAUGAAGGUCUUCUUAAUCUUUUCAUGAUAUUUGUUGCCAACAGAGAUUUGAAAGCAUCAGUCACAAGGUCUAGUAAGAAAAGUGGCUGGUGGACACCACUGCUUUCUACAGCAGCAUUAUCAUCUGCAAAAUAUUUCAUUCAACAUGUUUCAAAUCAAAACACCCUGACAAAGGCUCGACGGAAUAUCUCUCGUCAUUAUGACCUGAGUAAUGAACUCUUCUCACUCUUUCUGGAUGAGACAAUGACAUACUCAUGUGCAAUAUUCAAGAGUGAGAAUGAAGAUCUGAAAGUUGCACAACUUAGAAAGAUUUCUCUUCUCAUUAAAAAGGCUAAAAUUAGCAAGGAACAUCACAUUUUAGAGAUUGGAUUUGGUUGGGGAAGUUUGGCUGUGGAAGUUGUCAAGCAAACAGGAUGUAAAUAUACUGGUGUAACUCUCUCCGAGCAGCAACUAAAGUAUGCACAAUCAAUAGUUCAACAAGCAGGCCUUCAGGAUCAAAUAACAUUUCUCCUAUGUGACUAUCGCCAAAUGCCAAAUAACUACAAAUAUGACAGGAUUAUAUCAUGUGGGAUGUUAGAACAUGUUGGUCAUGAUUUCAUAGGGGAAUUCUUUUCUUGCUGUGAAUCUGCACUGGCAGAAAAUGGGCUUCUGGUUGUACAGGUAAUGAACACAUUCCACUUUGUUCACUUUUCCCUUCAAAUUUUUAGGCUGAUUUUCAAAGUGUUGGCUUUCCUUAGUUCAUUUCAAUACCAAACGAGAGAUACGAAAAAUACAGGCAGAGCUCAGACUUCAUAAAAGAGUAUAUAUUCC